GCCAAAUCGCUCCACAACCCGAAGCCAAAAUCCACGCCAGCUGCGUCAUAUAGCGUUGUCAAAACAUUCUCAAGCUUGAGCGAUCCAACGGCUUGGGCCACGACAACAACGGGCGAUAACUCUACCGGGGAAACUUUGAUUGUUUUUCCAAUUCCUCUUAAAGCCACACACAGCGCAAUGGGAAUCUCAAGAUCCCUGUUCAAGUCUCCGUAUCCCUGCGCGAACCAGCUGGCGCGGCUUAAGCCUUAAAAUCAAGCUGGCUCAGCCCGCUUCCGCGUAUCCCUCCCGCAUCAAUGGUCUCAGGCGUCAUCCGCCUCUGUGAGCCCACUGGCUCAGCGGAUCACCCGGAGAACCGUGACCAGGCCCCUCUUCAUCCUACAGGGCAGCAUCAUCACUGUGACGGAUGCAUGGAGUGAACAGGAAACGAUUGGUUUGCGAUUUUCGUGACGAGGUUGGGUGGCAGCGUAAAUGCUAGGUAUCUGUUUUAUGUCCACGCACGCAUUGAUUGAUUUACUGUGGAUUGGUAAGUUGCCACUAAUUAAUUACUUUCUUUCUUCAAAAAGCAAGCCCUCUCCCUUUCAUUCCUCGCGCUUUCAUUCUUUGGGCCUGGUAUUAUCAGAUCUCAACAUUUUCAAGCCGGUUCUUGUGUCCAGAGUCAACCGCUCGUUGACAAGAGCCCCUGUUCAUAACCGCCUAUCCUUCCCAUUAAGUUUCCCUGUCGCGUAUAUCUACCCACCUACAGGCAACAAUGGCAGUGAUAUGGGGUCUUGAUCUGCACGAUAUACAAUGGAGCAAAUUCAAGAGUUCAUACAUGUUCGGCAACAAAGACUACCAUCUCCGGCGGACCAAGUUCGUCGUCUACCAAAUCGCCAUGAUUUUCUGCGUCGUGUCCGAGUCUGUUGGAACUGCCGCCCUAUCAGACUAUGUCAAGCAGCAGUCGACGAUCGAAAGCCUUCAUUCAUCCGCGAGCGUGCACAACGACGACUUCGUCGGCAUUGCCUCGUACAAUAUCUUUGUUGGCAUUGCGGUAGCCACGAUCUUCGGAGCGGCCUUCUUCUUCGAUCUGUUCUUCCCUGAACGUUACGAACCUCGAAACAUCCGGUGGGCAUGGAGGAUCAGUGCGCUGGUGGUCACGAUAAUGACUUUGGCCGAUGCAUUGGCUUUGACCGUGAUUGUGGCCACGGGCAACGCCUGGAUCGCCGCAGACAGCGAAGACGCACGACUGAUUGCACAAGAGAGGAUCAACCCUCCGCUGGUUUAUCGUCAUAAUGGCCGCGCUGUCGCCAGCGUGGUGUUUGUUUGGAUUGGGUUGUGUGGGACGAUUGCUAGCUGUGUUGUCAUGUGGCUAUAUUAUCGUCACCUUGAGAUCUACGGCCCAAAAUCGCAUUCGGCCCGGAUGCGGCGCAUGGAAGACAAGACUAUUACCGACUCUCCCAGCAUUGCUUGAAACCAUGUCGAGCCACAAUGAGCAACUAUAUAUUCAUACUAAAUGGAUCUGACGAUUGGAUGUUAUGGGAUGGGGUACGUUGGCCUUGCCCGAACUUCCAACAGUUUUAUGACGUCCGAAGAACCCAAUUACAAAGUUCCCCUCCCAAGCGGAGAGACUGUACACGAAUCCUUGAACACAGGCUCAAAUACGUACCAGUCAUUGUGUUUCAGAAGAAUAUAUCUCCUUUUCCACCAACGUCAGGCUGGGCUGGGCCUAGCCAUGCAGACCGUGCAGCAUAUCUGGCCGGAGCGGAGUCGUUUAGCAACGCGCACAAAUAUCCCAGUCGACGUUCUACCACUGAGACACGCAUGCUCCAUCGGGAUCCAUUCAGAGCGACCUCAGAACUGCCUGUACAUGUGCGACGUCUACGGUAGUCGCGAGAGGGUUGGUCCGAAAUUCGGCCCCGGUACGCCAGAAAUGGCACCCAACGAUUUGGCUUUAGAGUUACCUACACCGAGGUCAACUCUCUCCAGACAUGUUUAAUGAAUCAUUUUUAUAAAUCCAUCAAUGCAAUUUACAAGCGAGGAGUUUUGGGAGCAGUUGAAAUAAAGUGUUGCACCAUGCUAUACCAGUCUCAGAAUACACUUUUUAUGCUGCUACCAUCACGGGCCAACUUCAACUGUAUGACACGAUCCUGGGGAGAGUGAUGGCCUGGCACCAUUGCCCCCAUCCUAUGUCAGCAAUUUCAAGCCACUUUUUCUGACUUCUAGCAUACCAGUCUCAGCUGUACUCAACAACACAUUUCAUUUCUGUCCCCGAACCAUGCAUGGAGUACCAUUGUUUCAAUGCAAAGAGUCUUAGCAUGCCAUGACCAGACGUUGCAAGACUGAUAAAAAAAAAUGCAUGCUGUCGCCCGCCGCACCUGAUUUCUUGAAGGCACGUUGAGACAGGAAAACGAGAGAAGACCAAAAAGCAAGCCAUCACAUUUGAUGUCAUGGGCACUGUGCACGCACUCCUCGCAGCAACCAUGCCAUUCUUUGUUCUGAAUGAAGCUUGCUCUCAUCAUCCGAAUUCAUUCUUUGAUGGCAACCGUGCCCGCCGCAACGUCUUCGGAGCACUUGAACGAUGAACUUGUUGACCACGCAAGCGGCAAGAACAAAAGAGGACAAGGACAACCAGCUUGAUAGACACCGUGGCCGUUUGAUUCUCAUCGGCGUCCAAUUUGUCUUUUCGGAUUGGCGGGCAGGCGUCAGCGUUGUAUCGUCAACAAUAUAAACAUGGCCCGACUGGCAUUCAUCGUCGACACUGUGAGCCGGGCGGCCAGGCGUAUCAUGACGCCAUUGCCUGCUGUUGUUGGCUUGCGCCUCCUGCCUGGCCGCCACGCCUGCCCACUGUCUUUGGCCGAUGCCCGCCCUGCUCUCUCUGCUUCUCCCAGGCCUUCUUGUUGCGGACACAAACGUCUGAAUGUGGCACUGGGAAAUCGUCGCUGCCAGGGUGAUACCGCAUCGGCCCGGUGUACACCUCUCCAUUGUUGCCAUCCGCCCUCCAGGUCUGGGGAGGCCCGUCCUCAGGCACCCGACGGAGGGCCCUGAAGCCAGCACGCCCGGUGCCAUUCCGGGCGUGGCGGCCAAAGUCCCUUCCCGCCCUCUCUCCCUUCCCGCACCUGUCGCAGAUGUACAGGUAGUCCUUGGGGUUCCACUCCGGGGUGGGCUGAGCCCCGGUCGUGGCCCCGACUCCUGCCAUCUGCUGGGCUGGGCCUUGGGAAGGGAGAGAAGGAGGUUGCUGGAAAAGAAGAGGAGGAUUAUAUACUCCAAGAUGUUGGUGUUGAGGGGCGCUAAGGGCAGGGUUGUGAAGUGACUGGCUUUGAUUUUGGUAUGGCUGGUUGGUCUGGUGAACAGCACUUGGGUGAUUCAUACCGUGAAUGACACCUGGUUGAUUGGUCGUGGGAACAGCACUUGGUUGGUUAUAUGCGUGAAUACCAGCUGGUUGAUUGACCUGUUGAAAAGCACUUGGGUGAUUGCUCUGCUGAAAAGCACCUGGCUGAUUGCUACCGUGAAUGUCACUUGGCUGAUUGGUCUGUUGAAAAGCACUUGGCUGAUUGAUCAUCUGGACAGCAUGUGGCUGGUUCAUGCAGUGAGUCACUUGAGAUGCGGUCCCAGGGAUAGGAUGGUGAGGUUGCUGAUUGUGAUAUUGAAUUGUGCUAUUGAUCACAUUCAUCAUUUGAUCCCAGGUCCAGUUUCCAGGAUCUGCAGUGAAGGAGACUGGGGCUGCCGCAACCACACGUUGGAGAGUUACUCGAAGCUCGGCGAUUCCGGUUGGACCUCGGCGGCAGGCGUGCAAAGCAAGAGCAUGGAUUACAUUGCAUGGUCUUCCAUAGAUCGAAAACCCUUGGGCUUCAAUCUGUCCCAUGAUGUCGACGAGUGGCUGUUCAUACAGGGGAAUGUCAUGUACACGGUGUGUCUGCUGGUAUCCGGACUGGGUAUAUCCUAGUCUUGGGCCGACGUUCAUGUUGGUGCUAACAGAUGACUGUUGAUUGACGAUGGCAUUAUUGGCAGCAGCUCUGGUCUGGUAUCCGGGCAUGGUAUACCCAAGCCGGGGAACGACGUCUGUGUUGAUGUUAUCAGCUGGCUCUUGUGGGAUUAUCGUGUUACUGGCAUCCGGCAUAUUCUGAUAUUGUGCGGUUUGAGUAUUCCCGAGCUGGGGGGCAGGACUCAUGUUUGUGUGGCCAAACGACCGCUGAGCAAUGGUCGUAUUAUCGGCAGCAGGCAUGUUCUGGUACCCGCGGUGUGUGUUCCCAAGUCCGGGUUCAGGGUUUGUAUUGACAUUGUCAGCAAAUACCUGUUGUUCUGCCGUCGUGUCAUUGGCCGCUUCCACUUCCGCGUCAUUCAGAGCCUGUUGGAAGUCAAACCCCGCUAGAGGAAGAUUGGCGUUGUUGAAGGAAUCCAUAUCGUCAGAAUGGUGCAGAAGGUGGGUCAAGGCAAGACACGAAAGGCUGAGGUCGAUGGAUCUAUGUUGUCUAAAAGACCUGCGACUGGGAGGAAGAUGUCAGUCAGCGCCACUCGUCGAGGAGAACAGACUCGCUCGAGGAUGAACUCCAUCGAGGAGGACUUCAGUGAUGGGGACUUACUCGAUGUUCUUGUUCUUGAAAGUCCUGAAAGACAAGAAGGUUGGAGUCGAUGGAGGUAUGUUGUUUAAGAUCUGCGACUCUGAAGAAGAGAAGUCAGUCAACGUACCGCCCGUUGAGGAAAGCAGACUCGCUCUAGGGUGAACUCCUUCAAGGAGGACAUGAGCGUGAGGAACUUACUCGAGGUUCUUGUCCUUGAGGUUUCUUGACAAGAUCGAGGGCACGGGCCAAGGUGAGUUGGUUGUUCAAAGGUUGGUCGAGAGAUCAAAACAAAAGAAAAGAAGAGUGCGACUUCGAGGAUUCGAAAGGAAAUAGGAUUCUUGAGGUGCAGGGGUGGAUUGUGCCUAGUCACCGGCCAAGACCUCAACGCUGCGUCUGGUUGUUCACUUAGGGCGCCGAGGUGCGUUCUGGUUCUUCUAUACACGCGGGAUGGAGUGAUUGGCCUAUGAGGCUGAUUGUCCUAUUGUGAGCUGGAAGGAUGUGCGUUGAGCAUUCUUACGGCUUGUUCUAUCGGCAGGAAGUUGUAUUGUCGGUGAUAUGCACACGGUACAUGAAUGAGAGGCAGUAACAGGCAUUGCCUUGCAUCGAGCAGUAUCAAACUGACAGGCAUUACUGUAUCAUUGACAUCAGGAUUCACAGACAGAUGUGUGUGGAUAGAAUUGCAUGACCAGCAAUGCUUCGUUCCCUUCCUCAUUGGGAAACACGCUAACGCUUUUAGGAAAGACAAAAAUGGGUCCAAACCCGACGAGGCUGAACAUCCCCUAUCCUCAGACGACACAUCCUACACGAUAAGAAUUUGAUGGAUGAUUGGGAGAAACAGCUGUGGUGAAUGGCAUCCGUGAUUUAAGAGCUGAGAAUGAUAUUUGUGAGGUGGUCACGAAGGGUUGGCAUACUAGGAAGAAAGAGCUCCCGGCACGGGUGAGCACAAUGCACUGAGGAAGUUGCAAGCGAACCUUCAUGGAUGAAUCCCAUCUUUGUCCGUUUCAGACAAACCAUCUUGGAGUUGAACAGAAAGAAAAGUCAGCUGGCUUGUCCACAACUGUGCAGUCACUGCCAGAGAUAGCAGCAAGAGAUCAGAGCCCCGAUGAUGCAUGCGUAAGGUUGCCAGGGUAUGGUUAUGCUAUCAAUUCUCCUGACUGCAAGAUCUGACCAGUCGAGACGGAGUACCACCUCAUACUUGGCAGUGUAAAGGACACGAAGUUUCAUCUCCAGCGUGGAAUGUGCUUUGUCAAACUACGGUAAAGUUAUGUCAUGGCCCUGCAGGCAGUAGAAAGCUUUGGUACGACACUCAUGGUCAUUCAUUAUGCUUGCCAUUCGGUCACUGGCAGGCCAAUCACAUAACCACGCCGUAAUCAUCAAGGGAUGGGCAAUAGAC